GACGCUGCUGAGCCUGAGCCCAGAGGACCUCAGAGAUGACGACAGGCUGUAUGAGGUCGACCCUGGAGCCUGAACAUGGACUGAUGACACAGGAGAGCAAACACUGUAAGCACAACGAGGACGGCCUGGUGGACAGGAAGUCAGAGAUGAAGCAUGAUGAAGAGGACGAGGAGGCUCUCUGCACAAAGAAUCAGGAGGAAGACCAGAAGAAGAAACCUCGCAGAAAAGAUACGCCCGUCCUCCACUCUCCUCCACACAUACCAGGAGUGAGACUGCUGAAAGUGGAGAAGCAGAUGGUCCACUUAGAGGAUGAGGAGAAAGAUGUG